AUGUCAUCAACACCAAGUGAACAUAGUGAUAUUGAUGAGGACGAUGAUUAUUUAGAUGAAGGAGAUCAAAAGUUUGAAGAUGACGAUGACAUUGACGAAGAUGAUGAUUAUGAAGACAUGUACUAUGACCAAGAGGAAGAGGAAGUAGAAGAGGAUGAUGAACAAAUGAUUGGAGAUCAAGGUGGUGGUGACGAUGAUGACAGUGAAGAUAAUGCAAGUUUAAUAUUACAAGUUUUAAAUGCAUAUAUGGUUGGAAGAGGUAAUAAUGAUAUAAUGAUGAACAUUAAUGCUGCAAAUACUUCACAUGCUGAUUUAACCAGAGAAUUAUUUGGACAAAGGAAUUUAGAACCAAUUCGAUUAUUACAUCAUUAUAUACCAGAUGGAAAGAAUCCAAAACAAAUAGUCAGACAAAAUAGUAGAGUAUUCUGUUGUCGCUACGCCAACGAUGGCAAAACAUUUAUGACUGCUAGUCAAGAUCAAAAGAUAAGAUUUUAUGAUACUACAACAUGGAAAGAAAGAAAUAUGGUACAUGCUAGAUAUGUGAGUUGGUCAAUCAUCGACACUGAUUUUAGUCAAGACCAACAAUUCUUUAUCUAUUCUUCAUGGAGUCCAUAUAUUCAUAUUUGUAAUACAAAUGGUGAAGAUAAUACUCAUAUUGCUUUGGAUUUAGAACCAAAUGUAGAUGAAAGAUUUUGUAUAUUUGGAUUAAAGUUUUCACCAGGUGGAUCAGAGAUAUUGGGUGGAUCAUCGGAUGGAUUCAUUUAUCUAUAUGAUUUGAAUGAGUCUAGACGGAUAUUAGAGGUACGUGGACAUUUGGAUGAUAUCAAUAGUGUGACAUACCUAGAUCGCAGUGGAAAUGUAUUUGCAACUGGUUCUGAUGAUUUUAACAUUAAUAUUUGGGACAAGAGAAUGAUUGGACUGGGUGGUGGCAGCACGUCACAAAUAUCGGAUCGAACAAUAUCACCUGUUGGCGUAUUGACUGGUCAUACUAGAGGUGUGACACAUGUAUCUUCCAAAGAAGACGGUACUUAUUUUGUAAGUAAUGCCAAGGAUGAGACAGCCAAACUAUGGGAUAUUAGAAAGAUGAAUACCAAACCAUCAACCACCAAUGCAAAGCUACGAAGCGAAACUGCAUACGAUCGAUACCAAUUCCCACAAUUUCCAGUUAGACCAGUUGAUAAAACACCCGAUCUCUCUAUACAAACGUAUCGUGGGCAUCAAAUCCGACAAACUCUUGUUCGAUGUUAUUUCUCUCCCAUUGAAACUACUGCUCAAAAGUAUAUCUAUACUGGUUCUUCUGAUGGUAGAGUUUAUAUUUAUGAUGUUUUAACUGGAGCACUUGUACAAACAUUGUAUAAAGAUUUUACAAUUAGGGAUUAUGGAGGUAGAUUAAUUCGAGAUUUGGCAUGGCAUCCUCAUUCACCAGAGAUUGUAUCGACUAAUUGGAAUGGUGAUAUUAUCCUAUGGGACAGUUUUAGUGAUGCCAGAGAUUCUUUUAAAAAACAACAAUCCAAUCAAGAAUCAUCAUCAAUAGACUCUGAUGAUAAUAAUGAUAAUGAUAAUAAUAAUGAUAAUAAUGAUAAUGAUUCUGAAUUGCCACUUUAA